UCGACCACUGCUUAUAUGUGUGGGCUAUUUAUCUCAUGUCAAAUUGUGGAUAAGCGACGCCACGGACCCCCUUAAUUUAGUAAACCAACCCCAAAACCUCUGUUUCUGAUUUCUUCUUCUUUUUUACCAGUUUCGAAGAGAGCAGGAAUCGCAAAAACAUGGCAACUCCAAAACCCAUGUGUUUGGCUUGAAGUUAUAUGGAGUCGCGCAGGCUUUCCAUUCUUUGCUCCCACCUCCUUCCGGGUUCGGGUCCCGCUCCGACCCGGAAAAUUCAUGUUUACAGGUCUAACUGCGGUGCUGGCUCCAGCACUGACCAGCGAGCUAGUGAUUCCAACGAGGGGAGUGACGAAAACGACUGCGUUUUCUGCAAAAUCAUACGGGGAGUAGCGCCUGCUUUCAAGAUUUAUGAGGAUGAUGUUUGCCUCUGUAUAUUGGAUACACAUCCGCUGAGUCGUGGGCAUUCUCUAAUCAUCCCAAAGUCACAUUAUCCUUCACUGAAAGCAACACCUCCAGCUGUGGUAGCUGCAAUGUGUUCAAAAGUACCCUUUAUUAGCAGCGCAAUCAUGAAUGCCACUGGUUCUGAUUCAUUCAACUUGUUAGUUAACAACGGUACAGCUGCUGGCCAAGUUAUCUUUCACACUCAUAUCCACAUAAUUCCACGCAAGGCAUGCGAUUUUCUGUGGGCUUCUGAGAGUCUAAGGAGGCGGCCCCUGAACAUAGAACAGGAAGCAUCCCGACUUGCAGACCGUGUUCGACAGCAACUAUCAUUAUCAGACAACUCUGAAAACAACAAAGACGAAGGAUCCAGUCGUACCGAAAACUAGAUGCGUAUUGCAUCAGUACAUAUGGUUUUGUGAUCUACACUGUAAAAUCAUGUACCACAUACAUUACUUCAUUCUUCAAAUCUUUAGCAUACCAGUUCCAUCUGUGGGACCAAAAAAAAAUAGAGUUGUACCAUCUUAUAGUUUUUGCCUUGCCAUUUGUAAUCUGCAAAACAUAGUUGAGAAAUGGAUUAUGGACUCAUGCCU